GGCAGAGGUCAUCCCGUCCCGCCCGCGUUUCCUCCAAGAUGGCGAGCGGCGGCGGCGGCGGCGCUGGGGGGGUUUCGGUGCCUGCGCUCUGGAGCGAAGUGAACCGUUAUGGCCAGAAUGGUGACUUCACGCGCGCUCUCAAGACCGUCAACAAAAUACUGCAGGUCAACAAGGAUGAUGUAACUGCCCUACACUGUAAAGUGGUAUGCCUUAUCCAGAAUGGGAGUUUCAAGGAAGCCUUGAACAUCAUCAGUUCUCAUACCAAAGUGUUAGCCAAUAACUCUCUUUCUUUUGAGAAGGCAUAUUGCGAGUAUAGGCUGAACAGAAUUGAGAAUGCCUUGAAGACAAUAGAAAGUGCCAACCAGCAGACAGACAAACUAAAGGAGCUUUAUGGACAAGUGUUAUACCGGCUAGAACGCUAUGAUGAAUGCUUAGCUGUGUAUAGAGAUCUCGUCCGAAACUCCCAAGAUGAUUAUGAUGAGGAGAGAAAAACAAACCUUUCAGCAGUUGUUGCAGCUCAAAGCAAUUGGGAAAAAGUGGUUCCAGAGAACUUGGGCCUCCAAGAAGGCACACAUGAACUCUGCUACAAUGCUGCAUGUGCACUGAUAGGACAAGGCCAGCUGAGUCAGGCAAUGAAAAUCCUACAAAAAGCUGAAGAUCUUUGCCGCCGUUCAUUAUCAGAAGAUUCUGAUGGGACUGAGGAAGACCCACAGGCAGAACUGGCCAUCAUUCACGGGCAGAUGGCCUAUAUUCUGCAGCUUCAGGGUCGUACAGAGGAGGCUCUGCAACUUUACAAUCAGAUAAUAAAACUAAAGCCAACAGAUGUGGGAUUGCUAGCUGUGAUUGCAAAUAACAUCAUUACCAUUAACAAGGACCAAAAUGUCUUUGACUCCAAGAAGAAGGUGAAAUUAACCAAUGCAGAAGGAGUAGAGUUUAAGCUUUCCAAGAAACAGCUGCAAGCUAUAGAAUUUAACAAAGCUUUACUUGCUAUGUACACAAAUCAGGCAGAACAGUGCCGAAAAAUAUCUUCCAGUUUACAGUCCCAAAGCCCUGAGCGUCUCCUGCCUGUGUUAAUCCAAGCUGCACAGUUCUGUCGUGAAAAGCAGCACACAAAAGCUAUAGAGCUGCUUCAGGAAUUUUCAGAUCAGCAUCCAGAAAAUGCAGCUGAAAUUAAGCUGACCAUGGCACAACUGAAAAUUUCCCAAGGUAAUAUUUCCAAAGCAUGUCUAAUCUUGAGAAGCAUAGAGGAAUUAAAGCAUAAACCAGGCAUGGUAUCUGCAUUAGUGACUAUGUACAGCCAUGAGGAAGAUAUUGAUAGCGCCAUUGAGGUCUUCACACAAGCUAUCCAGUGGUAUCAAAAACAUCAGCCCAAAUCUCCUGCUCAUUUGUCCUUGAUAAGAGAAGCUGCAAAUUUCAAACUCAAAUAUGGGCGGAAGAAGGAAGCAAUUAGUGACCUAGAACAGCUAUGGAAACAAAAUCCAAAAGAUAUUCAUACCCUGGCGCAGCUUAUUUCUGCUUACUCACUUGUAGAUCCUGAGAAAGCAAAAGCUCUUAGUAAACACUUGCCCUCGUCAGAUAGUAUGUCUCUGAAAGUAGAUGUUGAGGCUCUUGAAAAUUCUCCAGGUGCUACGUAUGUUCGGAAGAAGGGUGGAAAAGUUGCUGGAGAGAGUCAACCAAAGGAGCAAGGACAGGGAGAUUUGAAAAAGAAGAAGAAAAAAAAGAAGGGAAAACUGCCUAAGAAUUAUGACCCAAAAGUGACUCCAGAUCCAGAAAGAUGGCUACCAAUGCGGGAACGGUCUUACUACCGGGGAAGGAAGAAGGGUAAGAAGAAGGAUCAGAUUGGAAAAGGGACCCAGGGAGCAACUGCAGGAGCUUCAUCUGAACUGGAUGCCAGUAAAACUGUGAGCAGCCCACCCACCUCGCCAAGACCUGGCAGUGCAGCAACAGCAUCUGCAUCUACAAGUAAUAUCAUACCCCCAAGACACCAGAAACCUGCAGGGGCUCCAGCAACAAAAAAGAAACAGCAACAGAAAAAGAAGAAAGGUGGAAAAGGUGGCUGGUGAUUAGAACAUUCUUGUUGCAGACUAUUUUUCAGCUAGUCUUAGUGACACUAGGAACAUAAUAAAGGUAACACAGCAAGAAGCACAGAGCUGCUCUCUCUCCCAUCCCCACAUUUUCAUCAGAUUAUUUUCUUGUGCAUCAAAAAGGAAAACAUCUUCCUCAUACUCUGCCUAGUCAGACUUAGCCUACUUGUACCACCUAGCUUUGCACAGAUGAUGAGAACUCAAAAUAAUUGGGAUUUACCCACCUUGAUAUCUGUUUCUUUGUGUGCUGAUCUGGAGGUGUUUUUUCAGUUUCACAAAUAAGGCAUGUUAUCUAAGGUUUCCUAGGUUAUAAACAGAAGUUACUUCUGCUGUUUUAACUAGAGUCUAAAGACACUUGUUCUUAUCUAGUCCCACUUUAAAUUAUGUCUUAGAAGGUCUUAGGAGACUGAAAGUGGAAUCUUCUGAGCAUUCCAAAUAUCUACUUAGAAAUAUCAUGUGAUAAAAAGGGACCUUAUUAGUACACUGGUGUUCUCCACUUAGUUACAUGAGUGGCCACAGGAAAACCAAAUGUCUUGAUUAAUUUUUACCAUAAAUUCUGUUAUGUGAUAUUGGAAUAUGGGAUAUUAUAUAUAUACAUAUAUAGUAAUAAAAAGUAUGUAUGUGUAUAUGCAUAUAUACACAUGUAUAUAAAUUAGGACUCCUUUCGCCCCCGUAUCAGUUUCAGAUUAUGAUAACAUGGUGCUUAUUUAGCACUAUAAAGAACUCAAAGGAAACAUCAAUGUUGUAAGAAGCUGACCCUUAGCAGUGUUCUUAGGUCAAAUGGGUUUGGAUGGUCUCAAUCAGAUUUAAUGUCCCCUAUCAAGAGCAUGAACAUUGACUUCCUGUGUAGAGAAGAAAUCAGUAGCAGAGUUCAGUAGCAGGCAGUAUUAAAACUCAACAGUACUGUGUGGCCCAAUUAAUAAAUACUCAGAUGGCUCCUCUUUCUAGUUAGGGCAGUGACUAUACAUUACCCUUCCCAGAGUGAGGGAGUGUUAUACAGUCAGGACUGCGGUGUCGGUGUUGCUCUGGUCUUUCCUUGCUUAUAAGCCACUUUCCCAUUGAACAGCUGUGAGACAGAUGCCCACUCUGACUAGUAUUCAUUUUAUGUACCCCAGAUAGCAUUGAAUUUAGAUUUAAGACUUAUUUCCUUGUGAUCGUAUUACUCCAUCCUUGUUAAUAAAGUGCUGCUGUGUUUGACUCCGAACAUAAUGAAACAUACUGAGACAUCUUCGAAGAGUUUUUUAAAAGGCUUUCCUCCUUUACAAGAGUAAGAAAUGUGAUGCUGCCUUUCUGUUUAACAUAAUCAGAUUUGCAGUGGCAUCUAAACAAGAGACGGGCUUACAUAUGAAUGGUUUAUUAUGGCGUAAUACUUUUUGAGCUCUCAGAGAAUAGUCUUUUGGUAAGAGUGACAGAUACUCAUUCCUUCUAAAUAUAUACCCCAUUACAAGAAUAAUUGUUAGUAAAUUUGUUAUUUAGGAUUCCAUUAAAUUUCUGUGGUGAAGGAUAAUCACUUUUUAGGUUUAACUAAGCUACCGAAUUUUGGUGAAAAUUAUCAUUAAAAUUUUGACAAAAAAUACAAAGUGAAAUAUAUGGUUUUCUAGCCAGUCAUUGCUAUUACCAGUCAUUACUAAGCAACUGAAACCUCAGUUCAAAGAAGUUAUUGUCAAAUUAAGUGUAAACAUCUACAUUAACUUUCUGGUAAUUAUUUCUCUUUUGGACAGCUCUUUAACCAGUGACAUAUACACUUUGUAUAUAUGUGUGUGUCUACAUUUAUAAAAACCAAUAUGGAUACAUCCAUUCACUGUGGCACAUUUUAAAAUAAAAUAUUCUAGCAGUG